CAGCAAUUCAUAAAGAUCGCGAUUUUUUUUAUUUUAUUUUUUUCCAAUAACAAAUGGAGCUACUCAGCAAAGAACGCGCAGAUAUGAAAAAGCACAUUAAGAAAGUGCUUAACCCCAAGGAGAAACCUUUCGAUGGUCUACGCGCACGCACCAUUGUUGUGCUCACGCAUCGCACAGAUGGCGCACAAACUUUCAUGAAACUGACUGAUACACAACUUUUGUAUGCCAGCCGUUUUAGUGCGUGGAAAUAUUGCAAUUUAAUGCAUAUGGCGAUGCGUUUUGGUACACCACAAAUACUCGAAAUGUUGCAGAGCUUGAAGUAUCAAAAAAAAAUCUACGAUUUAGUUAAUUAUUGGGCGCUGCAAACGGGUGCCAUCGAUGUGUGCAUUGUGAAGUACCUGAAGUUGUUGUACGCCAAGUCACGCUUUCAUUGCAAUUACGCAUUUUUCAAUGGUGCACUGGAGGCCGACAUCACCAAGGAAUGGGAUGUGAAUUUAUGCUUUCAGCUGUGCACUGACAUCUUUGACUAUUUGGAAAAUUUGUUGUCGCUGCAGCAUGCCAUUUUCGCCGGACUGACACUGCAACAACUCUCGGUGGCCACACCUCAGACACAAUGCCGCUUGCAACCGCUUAUCAACAUUGCGGCAGAAUGUAGCAUUCUAUACGAUCAAGCGGUGGAUGCGUUGGCAGUGGUUUGUGCCAAAUUGCCGAUUGUCGAUGUAAUUGGUUUGCGUAAUCGUUUCCAUGCAAUCUAUCAGCGUUUGCAUGGGUUCUAUUGCGCAUUGCAACAGGUGAAAAUUAUACUCAAAAUGGAAUAUAUACCGGAGUUGUCGUCGGCGGUGCCGGAGUUUUAUGGUAAUAGUGAUGCAAAUAGUGCAGUUAACCGCCAACCAACGGCACCGUCAGUAUGGGAGUUGGAGCAACCGUGAAUGCAGGAGGUGUAUUAGGA